UGCUGGCUGACCACAACUUCGCUGGCUCUCUAUAACGCCCUAGACCCUUUGAUAUUUUCAAUUGUAAAUUAACUGCUAUCAACAUCCACAAUGGCUCCCAAGAACAAGGGAAAGAAGGGAAAGAAGCAGGAUGAUGAUGAUUUCUGGGAUAAGGCUGGAGAGUCUAUUGCCAACAAUAAUGUCACAGUACCACCCAGGGGUGAUGACUCCGACGGUGAUGUCCCCUUCCAGGGAAAGUCGAAAGGAGGCUUUUCCGGCUUUGCUUCGGCAGGGCUGGAUGUCGAUGACGGCGCAGCAGAGGAGGACGAAGAUUUUGGUGGACUUAUGUCCGCGAUCAAGGCCACACAAUCGAAAGGGAAGAAGGACAAGAAGAAGGGAAAGAAGGGCGGCGAGGAUGCUGCAGUAUCCUUUGGGGAUGGGGAUGAAGUGAACGAAGAUGAGACGAAGAAGGCCAAGAAACCCGUUGAGAUGACUCCGGAUGAUCUUGCUGACGAGGAGUGGGGACCGGCGAAGGCGAAGGGAAAGAAGGGAAAGAAGGGCAAGGCAGGGAAGAGCAAAGCACAGGCAGACGAAGACGAGACUGAAGGGCCAGCUGCUGCCGUUGAGGCGCCGAAAGCUGAAUCCACACCAGAGCCCAAUCCUACCACCGCGAAACCCACUGAUAAUACCGAGGACGUUGAGGAUGAAGGCGACGGCCCGAAAGUUCUUUCGAAGAAGGAGAAGGAGAAACUGAAGAAGGAGCGAGAAAAAGCCAAGAAGAAGGCCCAGGCCGCUGCGAAGAAGACUCAAGCAGAUGGCGACGCACCGUCCGAACCUGCAACCCCUGCACCUGCUGCACCUGCUCCGAAGGAAGAGGAAGAGGCGGAAGAGGUAGAGGAGGCCGGCGGAGGUGAGGCUGAUGCUAAGAAGAAGAAGAAGAAGAAGAAGGCUGGAAAGAAGGAGGAGGAGCCUGCACCUGCACCCGCGAAGAAGAAGGGUGGAGCUGGAAUCAGUGCGCUGAAGGCGAUGAUGGAGGAAAAGAGGAGGUUGGAGGAAGAGGCGAGAAAAGCAGAGGAGGAAGAGCGGAAACGGAUUGAGGAGGAGGAACGGCGAGCAGCAGAGGAGGAAAAGCGCAAGGAGGAAGAGAAGCAGCGGAAAAAGGAGAAGGAGAAGGCUAAACGUGAGUUGGCGAAGAAGGAGGGUCGACUGCUGACCAAGAAGCAGAAGGAAGAGCAGCGAGCGGCCGAAAUCCGCAAGCAGGCUCUGAUCGCAUCUGGUGUGCAGAUCGAAGGCCUCCAACAGUCUUCAGCACCAACAAAACGUCCAGUCUAUGCCAACCGUAAGAAGGCCGGUGUAAAAGCUGGCUCUUCCACUCCUACCUCUCAACCACAAACACCUGUGCCACCGCCACCGAAGGAACUCGAAGCUGAGCCUACGCCAGCGUCCAAGGUUGAGAUUCCGAAGGUCGAGGCGAAGCAAGUUGCCGACGAUGUCAAGAGUGACUGGGACGCCUCGAGCGAUGAGGGUGAAAAGGCAGCCGCAGACAUCAAAGAUUCUUGGGACGAUCCUAGCGACGAGGAAGAGGCACCAAAACCUGUAGCCAAGCCUGUGCCUGCUCAUACAAAGGCUAACGGAGCUGCAAAACCUUCGGCCAAAUCUACAUCUCCAGCACCACAGGCACCUACAAAGGCUGCGUCUUCAGCACCUGAUAAAGCUGCGAACGGCAAAGCAGCAUCAGCGGUGAAAGCCAAGGCUGCCACACCAGCUUCCGACGAAUCCUCAGAGGAAGAUUCGGACGCAGAUUCGGACUCGGAUGAAGACUCAUCUGAGGAGGAUUCCGACGAUGACUCCGAUGAGUCUUCGUCAGACGAGGAAAUGACGAACGCCCAGAAGUUGGCCGCUCAGAAGAAGGCGGAGGCAGCUGCUCGGAAAGUGAAAGCCCACGAAGCAGCGUUGGCUGCUAGGAACAAGGACGACUUGCGGAGCCCCAUAUGCUGUAUCUUAGGCCACGUCGAUACCGGUAAGACAAAACUCUUGGACAAGAUUCGUCAAACGAACGUACAAGAAGGUGAAGCUGGUGGUAUCACCCAGCAAAUCGGUGCUACGUACUUCCCGCUUGAGGCCAUCAAAACGAAGACCGCUGUGCUCAACAAAGACAACAAGUUCGACUACAAGGUUCCUGGUCUCUUGAUUAUCGAUACACCUGGUCACGAAUCGUUCACCAACUUGCGGAGCCGUGGAAGUUCUCUGUGUAACAUCGCCAUCUUGGUUGUCGACAUCAUGCACGGCCUUGAACCUCAAACCCUAGAGUCACUUCGCUUACUUAGAGAUCGGAAGACGCCAUUCAUUGUGGCACUGAAUAAGAUUGAUCGUAUCUACGGCUGGGAACCUACGCCGGAUGGUGCGUUCCAAGAAUCGCUGGCGAAGCAGAAACGCUCUGUUCAGCGCGAAUUCGAGGAGCGUGUCCAGAGGACGACAUUAGCUUUUGCUGAACAAGGUCUGAACGCAGUCCUUUACUACGACAACAAGAGCUUCGCCCGCAACGUCUCCCUCGUGCCCACAUCUGCUAUCACUGGAGAAGGUAUUCCCGACAUGAUCAUGCUGCUCAUUAACCUCACGCAACAGCGCAUGAGCGACCGCUUGAUGUACCUCUCGGAGCUCGAGUGUACGGUGCUCGAGGUCAAGGUCAUCGAAGGCCUGGGAACGACUAUCGAUGUCGUCUUGUCGAAUGGUAUCCUGAGGGAAGGAGACAAAAUCGUGGUUUGUGGGUUGAACGGACCCAUCGUCACACAAGUUCGUGCACUGUUGACGCCCCAGCCGCUUCGCGAACUUCGCAUCAAAUCGUCAUACGUCCAUCAUAAAGAAGUCAAGGCCGCUUUGGGAGUCAAGGUUGUCGCUCCAGAACUCGAAAAAGCUAUCGCCGGUUCCCGACUUCUCGUUGUUGGUCCCGACGAUGACGAAGACGACCUCCGCGAAGAAGUAAUGUCCGACCUCACGUCUCUUCUGAAUUCGAUCGACAAGUCUGGGCGUGGUGUAUGCGUACAAGCCAGCACCCUCGGUUCACUCGAGGCUCUGCUUGAUUUCCUCAAAUCCAGCAAGAUUCCGGUGUCGGGUAUCAAUAUCGGGCCUGUGCAUAAGAAGGACGUGAUGCGCGCUGGUACGAUGUUGGAGAAGGCGAGAGAGUUGGCCUGUAUCCUUUGCUUUGAUGUCACUGUGGACAAGGAUGCGGAGAGGAUGGCUGAAGAGAUGGGCAUUCGGUUGUUCAAAGCUGACAUCAUUUACCACCUGUUCGACGCGUUCACCGCCUACAACGCGGAAAUUCUUGAGGCCAAGAGGAAAGAUGCGGCACCCAUUGCAGUGUGGCCCUGUCGACUGAAGAUCAUCGCUUGUUUCUGUAAACGGGAUCCUAUCAUCUUGGGUGUUGAUAUUCUUGAUGGUACGUUGCGUGUGGGCACGCCGAUUUGUGUCAUCAAGACCGAUCCUGUAACUGGUGCGAAGGAUAUCAUCGAUCUUGGGAAAAUCACAUCCUUGGAAAUCAACCACAAGAACAUGGAGAUCGUCAAGAAGUCUCAGGCUGGCGGUGGUGUUGCCGUGAAGAUCGAACAUGCUGUGUACCAGUCAGCGAAGAUGUUUGGUCGUCACUUCGACGAUAAGGACGAGCUUUACAGUAAGAUCUCGCGGCAGAGUAUUGAUGUCUUGAAGACUUCAUUCAAGCAAGAUGUCUCCAACGACGAAUGGUUGCUCAUUAAGGCGCUCAAGCCACGCCUCAACAUCCCUUGAAGAUACUACGUUCAUCUUUUCACUACGACGCCACACAAUUCUUGGUCCACCUCAUGCUCUGCAUCGCACCCCACAUCCUGCUCUACCCUAUCUUGAUCCCCACUGCAUCCGUGUAGCAACUCCUCCGCAUCACUGUUCUACGUGCAUGUCUGCUGUUUUGAUAUUCGUGUAAGAACAUGACCAGUUGUAUUCCCAUCCUCCUUACAGAACACAAUGCAAUACAAGGAUUUUUCUCCGUUUUACGUUACAUGAAACAUCAUCAUCAUCAUCAAUUCAGGCCUCUUCACCCGCCCUCAUAGUUCGCUUCAAGGCUCUCCGAACCGCGGGACACGUAUUCCGUCAGGUUGCCUGUCGCGUUGAUCCUUGCCGUUUAGGCGUGGACUGUUGUACCACGAAUAGCAUUCCUCUCCGAUAAGCCAAAACGGCUUCAGGUUAAGAACGUCGGGCACAGUGUGUGGGCGGGGAUGUUCGGCAAGGAGAUGGUCCUGACCGAGCAACUGCUGAUAUUUCGUUCGAUCAUUGGGCUCUAUGACGUUGUAGACUGUGUCAGAGCAGCCCGAUGCGUAUAUUGAAUACCGUGGAUGUGUGUUUUGCGGUGUCGGCGCUGUGCUUCUCGUUCCAACUGUGGCUGAGACACGAGAUCCAGCAUAUAACUUCGACGGUGUUCGCGGGGCAACCGGUCCCUGCGCUGCAGCCGCGACCGCACCAAUGGUACCCCCUGCC